AUGAACGAAGAAAAAGAAGUGCUGAAGGUCAUCAGAGAUGGAGUCCAUCAUCCUCAACAACGGAAUCGCUAUGCCGACGCUUGGCAAGCGCGUUGCGUUGCUUGGGUUGUCAACUUUUCUUCGCGGGGUCGGUGGCAGUUCGAGGAGGAUCUCGCCAAGCUCGAACUUUCGGUCGAGACGGCGGUCCGGGCUGGUUACCGGCACAUCGACACCGCCUACUCGUACCACUGCGAGGCCAACGUUGGAGCGGCGCUGAAGAGGCUCUUCGCCAGCGGAGUCGUCAAGCGACAGGAGCUCUUCAUCACCUCCAAGCUUCCGAGGAUAGCUCACUCCAGGGACAAGGUGUGGUAUUAUCUGCACAAGUCCCUGGAAGACCUCAUGCUCGACUACAUCGACCUGUACCUAAUUGAAUUUCCGGUUCCUGGCCAGCCUGGUUUCCUCAAGCGAGGCUCCCAACUGAUCCUGAACGAAAGGGACGCCGAUCCUGCCAUGACGACCUCCGUCGACCUCAUGGAGACGUGGUCGGGCAUGGAAGACGUGUUCAACGGUCGCAUUACCCGAGCCAUUGGACUGUCCAACUGCAACUGCAAGCAGCUCAAAAGGAUCUACGACUGUUCUAAAAUCAAGCCUUGCAACCUCCAGAUCGAGUGCCACUUGUACAUGGCCCAGAACAAGACGGUCAGCUUCUGCAAGAACCACGGCGUCGCGGUCACUGCCUACGCUCCGCUUGGGAAGACCAGCGGCGUGCCCGGAUUACCCGGCGGUGGUGGACUUGGCUCGGCGCCUUCAUCGCACUCCAGCGCAAGUGCUUCUGCGGUACCAGGUUCAGCGGGGACUCGCCGUGCUCACGAGGAGCGAGAAUCCCGACCACAUCCACGAGAACUUCAAGGUGACGCCUUGUUUACGUGA